AUGCGGCUUGGGCUGUGUGUGGUGGCCCUGGUUCUAAGCUGGAUGCAUCUUGCCGUCGGCAGCCGGGGGACCAAGGGGAAGAGACAGAGGCGGAUCAGUGCCGAGGGGAGCCAGGCCUGCGCCAAAGGCUGUGAGCUCUGCUCUGAGGUCAACGGCUGCCUCAAGUGCUCGCCCAAGCUGUUCAUCCUGCUGGAGAGGAACGACAUCCGCCAGGUGGGCGUGUGCUUGCCGUCCUGCCCGCCUGGAUACUUUGAUGCCCGCAACCCCGACAUGAACAAGUGCAUCAAGUGCAAGAUCGAGCAGUGUGAGGCCUGCUUCAGCCACAACUUCUGCACCAGGUGUAAGGAGGGCUUGUACCUGCACAAGGGCCGCUGCUAUCUGGCCUGUCCUGAGGGCUCCACAGCUGCCAAUGGCACUAUGGAGUGCAGCAGUCCUGCACAAUGUGAAUUGAGCGAGUGGUCCCCAUGGGGGCCCUGCUCUAAGAAGAAGAAGCUCUGUGGUUUCCGGAGAGGCUCUGAGGAGCGGACACGUAGAGUGCUCCAUGCCCCUGGGGGGGACCAUGCCACCUGCUCUGACACCAAGGAGACCCGGAGAUGCACAGUGCGGAGGACGCCGUGUCCUGAGGGGCAGAAGAGGAGGAAGGGAGGCCAGGGCCGGCGGGAGAACGCCAACAGGAACCUGGCCAGGAAGGAGAGCAAGGAGGCGGGCGCUGGCUCUCGGCGACGCAAGGGGCAGCGGCAGCAGCAGCAGCAAGGGACGGUGGGGCCACUCACGUCUGUGGGACCCACCUAGGGACACGGUCCAGCCCCCAGGCCCACGCAGAAAGAGUCCAGCGUGGCUGUGUGUGAUGAAAGCUUUCCUGAACUGGAGCGUCGGGGGCAACGCAUACACACACACACUC